AUCAACAAUAUUAAACAACGAUACCAUACUACGUACUGUUCUAUUUUUAUUUACAACUUCUUAUGCUCAUGUAUAAAUGCUAUUGUCGUAUUUUAUAAUUUUGUUGUUGUGUUACACUAAUAUCAACCACAAUGAGUGUUUUUAUUAAACAGGAAAAGAAAACCAGAAAACGCAACAGGUUUAAUCCUGUUAAAAAAUGGGAUCAUAAUGAUGAAGCUGCCAUAAUAAAUUUUUUAAAACAACAUCGCGAAUUUGAGAAACCAACAGCACGAAUGUAUUACACAAAAUUCACGUCAGAAAAUGCAAUGGAUAUUUAUUGGAAACUUGUGUACUAUAAAGUACGUAACAUGCAUACAGUAUAUCGCAGAGCUAAAGAAUAUCAAAUGAAUAGAGGAGAAACCAAUGAUAUGGAUGCAGAAGCUAUGAGAAAUAUAAUGUUGAAAAUAUGUUGGUACGUGGAUGAUUUUGACCUACUAUUCCCUAAUGAAAUAGACGAUAAUAUAGGCCCAAAUUCACAAGAGCCUAGUUCAGAUGAUGGUGAUGAAUCUGAAUCUUCAAACAAGGAAUAUGACAAUAUAAAAAAAUAUGAAAAUAUAAAUAUUGAAAAUAAUAACUUACCUAAUAAUAGUUUUAACGUAAAAUAUCUUCGUGAAGAACCCUCUGUAUGUUAUUUCCCUAAGAGCAUAGGAAGAGAUAUACUUGCCGUGCAAACGGGAAAAUAUAAUUUCAAAAGACGAAUUUUUUUUAAAGAAACCACCAAAAAACAACAAGAACUUGAGCUGGCUAGAGAGAAUUUUAAUAUGGAAAAAGAGAAAUUUCAGCUAGAAAUGAAAAUAAAAGAAAAACAAUUCAAUACCCAAGAAAAAUUAAAGAUUAUGGAGCUACAAAUGAAGGAGAGAAUAGCCAUGAAAGAGUUGGAACUUAAAGAAAAACUGGAGCUGAAAUCAAUUAAAAAAAAACAAGAAAAUAUUUCUUAUAAUAAUGCAUAUGUACCAUAAAUUGUCUUAGUUUUACACCAUAAUUUUGUUCAUUUCUUUUAAUUUUUUAAUAUUUUUAAUAAAAUAACCUGUUAUAAUGCAAAUUUAAUAAAUUAUAAA